UUGUUGCUUUCAACAUGUCCCGUACACACGCAAAAUCGGUCCAAAUAUUGACUUACUAUUGUACUUAGUUGCUUGUAAUCAAAUAUUGUUUGGAUGAUUCAAGGUGGUUCGUGUGCGUGACUGUUACUGUUGAAGGUCAACGCAGCGUUUUCACGGGUUUAAACAUGGCUGAACCACAAAAAGCAGAUGUGAUAAAAUCCAAACUGGAAUCCAUGUACAGCAUUCCAGUGGCCAUGUCUAAGGCAGUGCGAGAGGGAAUCAAUGCUGGAAAGAAGUAUAAGAUGAUCCUGAACAAGUCCGGCACUAACUACCUUGAAUGGGUCACAGACGUUAGUUCGGAACAAGUCGAAGAUGAGGCUUUCAGCAGGUAUGAUCCAGGCUGGACCAAUCCCACUGCUCCUUUCGAUUCUAGAUACCCUCAUCAGAAUCAGAAACCAAACUGCGAGCGUAACUACAUAGACUACCACCGUUGCCUGAAGAUCAAGGGAGAGGACUACCCCAACUGUAACUACUUCAAGGCUGUCUACAUGCAGCUGUGCCCCAAGGCCUGGGUGGAUGAUUGGGACGAGCAGAUCGCUUCUGGUACCUUCAGAUACGACACUGAGAAGUAGCCUGUUGGCAGUCAUACCAACUAGAAUCCAGGAUAUAAUAAAUUUAAUAUCUCGGAAAAUAUGUAUUUGGGAUAGAAGUGAUAUUGUUCGGAUUUUAUUAACAUCAACAAAAUUAUUGAGACAAUAACAUAGGUGGUGUGGUCCCAUUUUAUUGCGUGUAUAUUUGGCAUAUUAAGAGAUGAUUUGUUGUUGCUGAAAUAAAUUGGACAGUAAUAAA